AUGUGUCCAGGUCAGGAGCAGGAGGAUGGUUUGUGUGAAGUGACUCUUUCCACCCAGAGGCUGCGUGUGCUGCCUCCAGCGGUCCUGAGCAACCUCACGCUGGAGAGCCUUGAUCUUGACAGGAACAAGCUCAGGAGCGUCACCGGCAUUUCUAAGCUUUGUAACCUGAAGAAGCUGAUACUGUCCAAGAAUGAGAUAGUGGACUUUCCCAAUGAAAUCCAGAGCCUGGUCUGUUUAGAGAAGCUUGAGCUGAAUCAGAACCAAAUCCGGGUCAUCCCAGAGGGGGUUUUCUCCCAUCUCCCCAGGCUUAAACACUUGCGGCUGAACAACAACCGUCUCUGUGCCCUCCCCAGAGACCUGGCAGCUUGUCGAGGCAGCCUCCAAUACCUCAACAUCUCCAACAACCUGUUCCGGACCUUCCCCCAGUCUGUACUGCAGCUGGCACACUUACAGGAGCUCCACGUGCAGAAUAAUGCCCUUCGGCAGCUCCCUAAGGAGCUCUUCCAGGGGCAAUCCCUGAAAAUGUUCAAGGCCAAUGGGAAUCCUCUCCGGAAGCCACCCAGUGAAGUGUGCGCUGGUGGCAUCCAGCAGAUCCGGAAUUACUUCACCCAGCUUCAACAUGGUUUGGGGCAGGAAGACAAGAGGGUCAAGACCAUGUUCCUGGGGGCCUCGCUGGCAGGGAAGUCCACCAUCUGCAAAAGCCUGAAGCAAGGGCAAACCAAACUGGUACCCAAGGAAGAGCGAACAGUUGGGAUCGAGAUCAGUGAGUUCCGGAUUGAGGACUUCACCUUUCUCUUCUGGGACUUUGCUGGCCAGCUGGAGUACUACAUGACUCACCAUGUGUUCAUCACCCCACAGGCACUUGUCAUCCUUGUCAUCAAUCUCCACAUGUACCAAACUAAUGACAAGACUUUCAAGGAGCUCAUCGGUUUCUGGAUCAACAACCUGUCCAUGCGAGUCCCAAACUCGGUGGUGCUUCCUGUGGGAACCCAUGUGGACUGCUGCCAGGAGGAGGAGGUGGAGGAGAAAAGGCGUGACAUCAUGGCCAAGAUCACAGCCAUGCUGGCAGAGAGAAAAAGCAACCUCGCUCACUUCAUCGACAACCUGGAGGGCAGCGAGGAGCCCGAGUUUUACGUGGACCAGUGGGAGAGGCUGAAGGAGAUGGAGAGCUGCACAUUAACCAUCUUAAACUUAGUUGCUGUCAACUGCAUGGAUAACCGUGAUAUCAAAAAGCUCGAGGCUGCUAUUCUGGAGCAUGUGAAGAAUGAGGAGCUCUUCCCCGAGGUCGUCCGAGUGCUGCCGCCCAUCUACAGGCAGGUGGAAGCUGCCAUCGUAGAUAUUGCACAGAGCGAGGAGAUGGCAUACCAUGGCAUGAUGGACCUCCAGUACCUGCUCAGCAAACUCUCCCAGUGCGAGCACCUGGCCAACCUGGGCAGAGAGCUUCUCCAGGACAUCUUGCGGUACCUCCACCGCAUUGGGCUUGUUGUGUGGUACGAGGAAAUCAAGCACUUGGAAAGCACUGUUUUUCUACAGCCUACCUUCCUAAUAACUAUGUUCAAGCUCCUUGUGAGGUACCGCCUAGUACAGCAGCUCGAAAGCAUCUCUGUGGACACGCUGAUUGGAGAACAUGCCACCAUCAGAGACAGGUCCAACUGGGUGUGGACCUUCACAUCAAAGGCAAUGCUGUGCCACCGGGCUGUGCGUGCCCUGGUGAAGCACCAGCUCUGUUCAGAAGGGAUGCGGGAUGUAUUUGAGGAAAUCAUGGGACACAGGCCCCACAGAGGUAGAGGGAAGCUCUUCAGCCUCCUGGAGCACUUCGAGCUCUGCCUGGAGGUGAGGCAUGCUGAAGCACUCAACCCACAGGCCAGUGAGUUUGUGCCCGGGAAGCCGUGGGCAACAACACGGGGCCAAGGCGAGUCCUGGUACUUGUUCCCAACCUAUCUGAACCAGACCAAAGAGGUCUCUGAAGUGUGGGGAGGAGAUCACCCCGAGGACCUCCACAUCCGUGCCUACUUCUCACCUGAAAUACCUGAGGGUUUAUUCCAGAGGUUCCUGGUGAAAGCUUGUUCCUUCUACUCCACGCACUGGGUGGCCAAAGAAGCCUGCCUGCUCAUAUGCAACGGCAAACCUAUGCUGAUCAAAGAGAAUAACCAGAGGGCCUACAGCUACCUGGAGCUCCGGUGCAGAAAGCCAGCAGGAAGGACAGGCUUCCAGUUUGCCUGGGACUUCCUCAUGGCAGUUGUGUUCAUCAUCCAGAAGCUCGCUGAGGAGUGGCCGGGGCUGCACGUGUGCAUGAAGACCCCCUGCCGAACGACUGGCUGUCCUGCAGAGUUCAUCUGGCCAGACAUGGAUGGCACAAUCGCCAUGUACGUAUGUGCUGUGCCCCUCCAAGCCAAGGGCUGGAGCCGGGUGGUUGCCACUGCAAUGCUGGCGGGGCUGGUCAGCUUCUAA